GGUCCUUCCUACCAGACCCGUGCGUGCAACACGUAUGCCUUCCUCGCCUCUCAGGCUUUUAUCUCCAAGUGUAACUUUCAAUCAAUAUUUUGUAAAACCGCGUAAAUCGAAACCCCUCUCUCAAUACAAUCUUUCGACCCUGCCAAUCUUUUGUUCUGUCAUUUUCUACGCUCUCGCCGUAAUUCAGCUUUCCCAAUGGACCACUAGACACGGUUACUCGGACCAGUACAUCCCCUCCUCGUACGACUUCAAGUCGGAGGACUCCAAGUCGAUCCUGGGCCACGAUGGCGGGAUCCCGAUCUUCCGGGCGCGGAGCCAGGAGGAGACUGAGGCGGCCCACGACCUCCUGGAGCUCUCCCGCUCGCUGCCGCCUCUCCCGGCGCCGGCGGUCGCCCGCAUCGCCGUCAGCUCGCCGCACCCGCACGCCGCGCCCGCCGCCGCCCACUCGGUCGAGUACAUCAUCUACCCGCAGACCUACCCCGGCGCCGCCUCCCCGCUCACGCCGACCACCUCGGAGUACUCCUCGGACGCCGAGAACAACCCGAACCCGCAGAACGACGUCAAGCCUGUGAUAUACACCUACGACGCGCUCCUCAUCACCGACGGACGCUCCAAGACAAGGAAAGAGCUGCCUGUUGAGGUUGAAAUGAAAGAGUUCUCGUCGAAAGGCAACAAGUACACGUGCACGGAGUGCGGGAAGCAGUACGCGACGUCCUCGAACCUCUCGCGACACAAGCAGACCCACCGAAGCCUCGAUUCCCAGUCCGCCAAGAAAUGUCUGACCUGCGGGAAGGCCUACGUGAGUAUGCCCGCGCUGGCCAUGCACCUCCUCACGCACAAGCUCACCCACGCCUGCGGGAUCUGCGGCAAGAUGUUCUCCCGGCCCUGGCUCCUGCAAGGUCACCUCCGCUCCCACACCGGCGAGAAGCCCUACGGCUGCGCGCACUGCGGCAAGGCGUUCGCCGACAGGAGCAACCUCCGGGCCCACAUGCAGACCCACUCCGCGGACAAGAACUACGAGUGCCUCCGCUGCCACAAGACGUUCGCCCUCAAGUCGUACCUCAACAAGCACCUGGAGGCGGCCUGCCAGAGGGAGGAGGACUCCAGCAGCGAAAAGGAUUACGGCAACGAGUAGCAUUCGGCCGCGCCGCGCAACUCUGUCAUCAGGUUUGCCGGCGCUGAGAAACUCGAUUAGACUCCGCUAGGGGAUUUUCUUUCAUCGGUCCAAUUCUCCAUUGGUCGAGUCUCAAUUUCUCGAUGAGUCGAUUUUCGAUAUUUCAGGGGUCGCGGCUACUUUCGAAUUUAAAACAGUGCAUGCGAGUAUAAAACACUUGAAAUGAGGUUCCUUUAAAAAAUAAAUGCUUUUUGAACGAGCAUAACGUACCGUUCUGACACAUACGUUGUUUUUUUGCUUCGAAAGCACUUAUGAAUCAAACAAAGCUAGGAAAUUCAGUGAAACAGCCUCUCCCCCCCUCCCUUGCAUGAAAGGUCGAAAUUUUACUUCUUCCAGAAAUGUUACUCAGAUUAUGCUCCAAUUACUUGAGUAAAGAAAAAAAAUACCAAU